AUGAAGCACUUGGUUAUAAUUGCUAUUGUUGUGGUCACGUCAUUGGCCGCUCCUCAAGGCUACAGGUAUAACUCGGGAGGUUGUGGUCAUGGACAGGUGUUCCAUGCUGGUAGAUGUGUCACUCCACGCGAGAACCGCAAAGUCUAUCUGUACAACGCACCACCCGCACCUCCAGUUCCAUACGGUCCACCACCGUAUAUCCCUGAGCCAACCAUUGACACGAAUAUCGUGUUCAUCCAAACACCCGAAGAAGGUCCAGGACCAGAGCCUAUCGUCAUACCUCCACCACAGACGCGAAGCGUCGUCUAUGUCCUCAACAGACAGAAUCCAGAGCAAGCGGAAGUGAUCCAAGUCCCAGCGCCUCCAGCAACCAGUCCUGAAGUUUACUUCGUGAACUAUGCUGACGGCGAGAACCCAGUUCUUCCCAGCGGUGUUGACCUUCAGACUGCCUUGAAUACGGCUUCCCAGGGUGGAGGUCAAGUGAUUGGAGGAGGUGCCGGAGGAGGUUUCGGAGGCGGUGCUGGAGGUUUCGGAGGCGGUGCUGGAGGUUUCGGAGGCGGCGCGGGAGGUUUCGGAGGCGGCGCGGGAGGUUUCGGAGGCGAUGCUGGAGGUUUUGGAGGCGGCGUUGGAGGCUUUGGAGGCGGCUCUGGAGGUGCUGGAGGUAACUUCGGAAGCAGUGGUGGUAUUGGAAGCAGCGGUGGAUUCGGGGACAGUGGAGCUGGAUUUAGUGGCGGCUCAUUACCUUCAAGUCUUUAUACAACACCAUGA